CAGCGGAGGCGGGUCCUGAUUGGCCGGGACGCCGCGCGGCGGCGGCCGGGACCGUUGGAGAGCGGCUGCGGCUGAGGCGGCCCGGCCGCCCCGGGAGCCGCGGCAGCGCCGGCACCGGCUCAGGUUGUGGUUUAAAUGUCUGAAGAAGGAAGUGAGGCCAGGAAAGUGGAAGUUGCCCUGAGAGACUUCUCAGUGUGAUUCAGGAUGAUUGAGGAGAGUGGGAAGAGGAGGAGGACCAUGGCAGAGAAGAGGCAGCUGUUCAUGGAGAUGAGAGCCCAGAACUUCGACGUGAUCCGCCUGUCCACGUACAGAACCGCCUGCAAGCUGCGCUUCGUGCAGAAGAGGUGCAACCUUCACCUGGUUGAUAUCUGGAACAUGAUCGAAGCCUUCAGAGACAACGGCCUUAACGCCUUGGAGCACGGCACGGAGAUCAACGUGUCCCGCCUGGAAACCAUCAUCUCCUCCAUCUACUACCAGCUGAACAAGCGCCUGCCCUCCACCCACCAGAUCAGCGUGGAGCAGUCCAUCAGCCUGCUGCUCAACUUCAUCAUAGCAGCCUAUGACAGUGAGGGCCAUGGGAAGCUGACAGUGUUCUCAGUGAAAGCCAUGCUGGCCACCAUGUGUGGGGGGAAGAUCCUGGACAAGCUCAGAUAUAUUUUCUCUCAGAUCUCAGAUUCCAACGGGCUGCUGGUUUUCCCCAAGUUUGAGCAGUUCCUGCGGGAGGUGCUGAAGCUGCCCACGGCCGUGUUCGAGGGGCCCUCCUUCGGCUACACCGAGCACUCGGUGCGCACCUGCUUCCCCCAGCAGAAGAAGGUGAUGCUGAACAUGUUCCUGGACACGCUGAUGGCUGACCCUCCUCCCCAGUGCCUUGUGUGGCUGCCCCUCAUGCACAGACUGGCCCACGUCGAGAAUGUCUUCCACCCCGUGGAGUGCUCGUACUGCCACUGUGAGAGCAUGAUGGGCUUCCGGUACCGGUGCCAGCAGUGCCACAACUACCAGCUGUGCCAGAACUGCUUCUGGAGGGGCCACGCCAGCGGCCCCCACAGCAACCAGCACCAGAUGAAGGAGCACUCCUCCUGGAAAUCCCCUGCCAAGAAGCUGAGCCACGCCAUCAGCAAGUCCCUGGGCUGUGUGCCCAGCAGGGACCCGCCCCGGCCGCUGUUCCCCGAGCAGCCCGAGAGACCCCUGGACCUGGCCCACAUCGUGUGA